AUGAUUCUUCUUUGUUACCAACUGGCGCAUUCCUCCAGCACCGCAAAUAACACUGUCGAGGCCUUCAUCGACAUGGUGCUCAGGAACUUAACAGCUUGUCACGAAUACGUUAUACCCGUUAACAAUUCCAAGUUGUUGUUCGUUUCUCCAGACCAAGAAAAUGAGAUCUAUAACUUUGGGACAUUCGAUUUCGUGAUAGUUGGAGCAGGAUCGGCUGGUACUCUAUUGGCCAACAGACUGACGGAGAUCAAGAAGUGGAAAGUACUCUUGCUAGAAGCCGGGGGAAUAGAGAACGACUUCAGCGACAUCCCUGGAAUGGCUCAAGAACUCUACUUGACCGACAUGAACUGGGGUUAUCUAUCAACACCUCAAAAGCGAGCGUGCCAAGCGAUGGAGGAGAAUAGAUGCGUCUGCCCAAGAGGUAAGGUUGUGGGGGGCUCUAGCACCAUCAACGCCAAAAUGUACGUAAGAGGCAACAAAAAGGAUUACGAUGGUUGGGAGAAGAUGGGUAAUCGUGGUUGGUCCUACAAGGAUGUGUUGCCAUACUUCAUCAAAACGGAAAAUAGUCAAAUCGACGAUGGGGAGAUUGGUUACCACGGUAAAAGAGGUUUAUUAGACGUUAAUUACACUGAUCCAACAGUCUUCACUUCGAUGUUCCUAAGAGGUAAUGAAGAACUAGGUGCUAGAAUAACUGAUUACAAUGGCAAACACCAAAUAGGAGUUUCACGAGUUCAGUUCACCAUAAACGGUAACAAGAUAGCGAGUGGUGGAAGAGCCUUCAUAGAACCAUUCCUAGGCAGGAAAAACCUUAAUGUUACGACACACGCCUUUGUUACCAGAUUAAUAAUUGAAAGAGAAUCCAAAACCGCGCAUGGGGUUCAAUUUAUAAAAGGUGGGAAGAAAUACCUGGUAAGAGCAGCCAAGGAAGUUAUACUUUCUGCUGGUGCCAUAAACACUCCACAGAUUCUAAUGCUUUCUGGUAUAGGCCCUAAGGAAGAGUUGGACAAAAUUGGAGUGAAGACUCUAGUUGACUUACCUGUUGGAAAAGCCAUGCAAGAUCACGCGGUGUUCGUUGGUUUGAACAUCAGAACGAACCAGACGUUAUUCAACGAUUCCAUAGAAAUUCUUCUAGAAAAGUACUUGAAUGAUCAAAGACCCUUUACAGCAGCGUUCAAUGUCGAUUCUAUGGGUUUCAUCAAUGUGAAGGAUAAAGUAAGUUCGGUGCCAGAUAUUCAGCAAAUCGCCAUGACGCCUCCAGGGGUUGGUCGCGACGGAUGGAGGAUCUUAAAUUUAAGGGAAGAAUAUGAACAACAGCUUGAAACGUUAGCAAGGCCCUACAACGACGUAGUAAUAUGGCUGGUAUUGCUACACCCAAAAUCCAAAGGCAGCGUGACUUUGAAAUCCAGCAGUCCUCUAGAUUUUCCCGAAGUAGAUUACAACUAUUACCAUGUGGAGGAAGACAUGGUAUCAAUGCACAGAGCUAUACACGAAACGCUAAAACUACUAGAGACCGAUGCCUUCAAGUCUGUUGACGCCAGAUACGUACCAAUUUAUAAAAUUUGCACGAAUUAUACCGAGGGUACGGAGGAAUAUUGGCACUGCAUGAUACAGCACUUGACAACGACUUUGUAUCAUCCUGUUGGAACCACAAGGAUGGGAGUGUCGAGGAAAGAUUCCGUUGUAUGUCCCAAGCUGCACGUACAUGGUAUGAAGAGGUUAAGGGUAGUAGAUGCCGGGGUUAUGCCUAAAAUACCUUCUGGAAAUACCAAUGCUCCUACUUACAUGAUUACGGAAAAGGCUGCUGAUUAUAUUAAAAGAGACCACCUAUGA